AUGCCCUUCUUCAAGAUCACGCUCAUACGUUCAUCCAUUGGCCUGCCUAAGAAGACACAGGGCGUUCUUAACGCCUUGGGUCUGCGAAAGCGAAUGGCCACUGUCUUCAAGCCCGUCAAUCCCUCCACCGCAGGUCAGAUCAUGAGGAUCAAAGAGCUAGUUGCCGUAUCAGAGGUCGAGGAGGCGUUGACAAACGCAGAGAUGCGGGAAAGGAGGAGACCGGAUCCUGGGUACUACAUUGAGAAGCCAGUAGCGGGUUGA